UCGUCUUCUCUUCUUUUAGGAUCUGAAACCGUAGUUUAAAUGAAACCUUAUCCUGCCGUUUCAAUACUUACCUUUGAUUUUUGGGGGCGACUUAACCUUUGUCGGCGAAACACAGGAGACUCAGACGACUUUCAUCGUUAGGAGAAUUUCAGGAAUAUUGCCAGAUUAUCAUCAUAUUCUCUGCGAAGAACCACUCAUCCACCUCCUGUAUAAUUGGAAAGUUCAUUUCCUUCAACAAUGGCUAGAUUUCUGUUGGCCAUCCUCGUUGUCUUCUGCUCCCUUUCCAGUUUUACAUUGGUUAACACUGAAAGAAUUCAAAGGUUAUCUAAUGGUGGUGGUUCAAAACAGUUAAGAUUUGGUAGAAAGAAGGGAGAGUUUAAGAUUCUGCAGGUGGCUGACAUGCAUUAUGCUGAUGGCCGGAAGACUCCUUGUGAAGAUGUGUUACCAAAGCAGUUUUCCCAUUGCUCUGAUCUCAACACCAGUGUUUUCAUCAACCGUAUGAUCCAAGCUGAGAAACCCGACUUCAUUGUUUUCACCGGAGAUAAUAUCUUCGGGUUCGAUGCAACAGACGCAGUAGCAUCCAUGAAUGCAGCCUUUGCCCCUGCAAUAGCAUCGAAAACCCCAUGGGCUGCUGUUUUGGGGAACCAUGAUCAAGAAUCAACCUUAUCAAGAGAAGGUGUGAUGAAACAUAUUGUUGGAAUGAAGCACACACUAUCUCAAUUAAAUCCUCUUGGUGUUGACGUUAUUGAUGGUUUUGGGAAUUACAAUCUUGAAGUUCAUGGAGUUGAAGGAUCAAGUUCAAUGAACAAAUCCAUCCUCAACUUAUACUUUCUUGAUAGUGGCGAUUACUCUACAGUCCCCUCGAUCCUUGGCUACGGAUGGAUCAAACCAUCUCAGCAAUUUUGGUUUCAACAAACAUCUAAAAAGCUUCGAAAGAAGUCAAAAGCUCCUGGGCUUGCUUAUUUCCACAUCCCAUUGCCCGAGUUUGCAAACUUUGACUCAUCAAACUUUACAGGGGUGAGACAAGAAGGGAUUAGCUCUGCUUCUGUGAAUUCAGGGUUCUUCACAACUUUAGUUGAAGCAGGGGAUGUGAAGGGUGUUUUCAGUGGGCAUGAUCAUUUGAAUGAUUUCUGUGGGAAGUUAAGUGGAAUUCAUCUUUGUUAUGGUGGGGGGUUUGGAUAUCAUGCAUAUGGGAAAGCUGGAUGGUCAAGAAGGGCAAGGGUUGUGAUGGUUUCUUUGGAGAAGAAGUCACAUGGUGAUUGGGGUGCAGUGAAGUCCAUCAAAACAUGGAAGCGGCUAGAUGAUAAACACCUAACUGCCAUUGAUGAUCAGGUUCUUUGGAGCCGACAUCCAUCCGGGAGUCGUAGAAAGAAGCCCGUUGGCGGUGGUGUUUGAAUGAUCCAGAAAUUCCAUCCAAACAAGAUUUUAGAGUAGAAAGAAAGGCAGAAGAUAGGCUGCAUCAAUAAAAGUCAUCUCCAUCUCCAUCUUCAUCAAAAUCCAAUCUUUUUUAUUAAAAAAGGUAAGCAAGCAGUUUGUACCAGGCUCUUUAUAUUUAUAAAAAAUGCUAUUUCUUGUUGCUA